CAUGUACAUAACAUUUUGUUCUAACAUGUUUUACUUCUGUUGUGCUGUGUCUGUGUUAAGCAGUCAGUUCUCUGGCCCUUCUCUCUCUCACUUGUGCACACAGAAUGAGGAAGUUCACCCUUGCGUUUGUGGUAGCUUCCUUUUUGCAGCUUUCGCCUCUUUAACAGGAAGAGAGACAGAAAGAGCCAGUGUGUGUGUGUGUGUAUGUGUGUGUGUAAGAGAGAGAGAGAGAGAGAACGAGCGCACUCUGACGCAAAUAACGCCAUGAAACGGGCCUUGGAGGGAAGCUGAAUCUGACCUCAAGUUUUGCUGAAGCUAAACCAGUGAUCUGAGGAGUAAGUGCUGAGAGAAGGGGUCACUGGACAGAAUGUCGUCCCAUCAGCCUUGGUACCAUGGCAAUAUCACUCGCUCUAUGGCAGAAGACCUGCUCUCCAAAAAUGCCAAGGAUGGGAGCUUCCUCCUCAGAGACAGCGAGUCCAUACAAGGAGCUUAUGCCCUCUGCGUGCUGUACCAGAACUGCGUAUAUACCUAUAGAAUUCUACCCAAUGAAGACAAAAAGCUUUCUGUGCAGGCAUCUGAAGGUGUCCCCAUUCGCUUCUUCUCUGUGCUCUCAGAGCUGGUGGAAGCGUACUAUAAGGAGAACAUGGGUUUAGUCACACAUCUGCAGUAUCCUGUACAGAAGGAGGAGGAGCCAGAGGAUGAACCAGAGCAAUUCAGUUUACCUCCUCAGCUUCCACCGCGGAACUUCACACCCAGCGAGAGUAGAGAUUGCCAUGCCGAGCCUGUAAAGACGAUAGAGCAAAGCCGCGUGUCCAUCUCAGACAUUUACGUUCAGCGGCUGCAGCUUGUCGACAUGUCACACAUCUCUGAAGAACAUCAAAAGGCAAUCCAGGAUUACUUCAGCUCGGCUGUGGCUCUGGAUGUGGAGCAGGUACACAAUGGGAACCCCACUCUCCCCAACCUGAAGAAGCUUCUCAAGACCAUCUGCAAGAGCCUCAACAGUGAGAUUUCUCGUACAGUCCCAACUCUGGAGGCCUUACAGAAAAUUGUGGAUCAGCCCAUGUCACCUGGAGCUGGGAGGCUUCGAGGACAGCUCUCGCUUGAUGCCAGCCAGUCUGUGGCUUUUAGGCUUGAGCAACUGACCAAGCUUUUGUAUUCAAUUGAAGACAAGGCUAAGAAUACAGUAUUUGAAUCUGCUGGUUAUGAUGGAGGCCACAGGAAGUCACUUAUACCACCUGUAACAUUUGAAGUGAAAUCAGACUCCCUUGGCAUUUCAAGCAAAAUGUUCCUAAAGGUUGAUGUAGAAAGUGGGAAAGUUUACUUCAAGAAGUCCAAAGAUGGACCUGAGGACAAAUAUUUUGUGCACAAUAAAAUCCUGCAGUUGGUGAAGUCCCAGAAAAUGCACACCAAGCUGGAGAUAGUGGUGGAGACCGAGAAAGAGAAGACCCAGCGUAAAGAAUUUGUCUUUAAUGACACAAAGAAGAGAGAAGGUUUCUGUCAAUUACUUCAGCAGAUGAAAAACAAACAUUCAGAUAAGGCUGAGCCAGAUAUGAUCAGCUUAUUUGUUGGCACAUGGAACAUGGGAAAUGCCAGCCCACCACAAAACAUUACCUCAUGGUUUCAGUCCAAGGGGCAAGGGAAGACCCGCGAUGACACGGCCAGUCAGAUCCCACAUGAUAUCUAUGUCAUUGGAACACAGGAAGACCCACAGGGAGAGAAGGACUGGAUAGAUAUAGUGAGGGGAACCCUCAGGGACAUCACAAACAUCAGCUUUAAACAGAUAGCUACUCAGACGCUGUGGAAUAUAAGAAUCAUUGUUCUGGCCAAGCCAGAACAUGAGAAUCGCAUCUCCCACAUCUUCUCGAACAGUGUUAAGACUGGAAUAGCUAAUGCUCUGGGAAAUAAGGGAGCAGUGGGAGUAUCGUUUAUGUUUAAUAACACCUCGUUUGGGUUUGUGAACAGUCACUUGACCUCAGGGAGUGAAAAGAAGAUCAGACGGAAUCAGAACUAUGUCAGCAUCCUGCGCUUUCUGAACCUAGGAGAUAAGAAACUUAAUCUGUUUGACAUUACACACCGCUUCACACACCUCUUCUGGCUUGGGGAUCUGAACUACCGCAUUGACCUUCCACCAGAGGAAGCAGAGAACAUUGUGAUGAAGAUCAAACAGCAGCAGUAUCAGGAACUGUUAAGCAGAGACCAGCUCAACAUGGAAAGGGCAGAUGAAAAGGUUUUUCUGUACUAUGAAGAAGAAGACAUCACAUUUCCCCCAACAUAUCGUUUUGAGAGAGAUACUCAUGAAAGAUAUGUCUACACCAAAGCCAAAGCGACAGGGACUAAAUAUAACUUGCCUUCAUGGUGUGACCGUGUGCUUCGCAAGUCCUACCCACAGGUUCAUGUGGCUUGUCACUCAUAUGGAUGCACAAAUGACAUCAUGACAAGCGAUCACUCUCCUGUAUUUGCUACAUUUGAUGUUGGAGUGACUUCACAGUUUGUCUCUAAGAACGAUCCUACAAAGGAGUCUCAGGGUGCAAUCAAGUUUAUGAACUGUGUUGCCACUCUUAGGACCAAAUCCAAGACAAGGUUUUUCAUUGAAUACCACUCAAGCUGCUUGGAAAAAUUUGUCAAGAGUCCUGAGAUAGAUAAUCAAGAGAGCACAGAGGGUUCCAUAAAGGUUCGGUUUGCAGCACAUGUAGAGCUUACGACCAUCAUUUCAGACCCAGAAUACUUACUAGAUCAGCAUAUACUCAUCAGUAUAACAUCCACAGACAGUGAUGAAUCAUACGGGGAGACAUGUGUGGCUUUGCGGGCUGCAGAAACAGCCUACACUGAGUUUGUGGUCCCACUUACACAUCAUGGUGAGCACACAGGUAUGCUAACAGGAGGCAUCCAACUACGCACAUCAGAAGGGAAACUGACAGAGAAACUAUAUGAUUUCAUUAAGAUUGGUGAUGACUCAGGAACCGGUAAAGUCAAAUCAGGAGAUCAUAAGUCUUUCGCACUACCCACUGAUAUUAGCAAUCCUAAUUAUAUGGAUGUUGGCUACAGAAGCAGCAGUCAGUCAGGUUGGAGCUACACAAUGGCCAAUAGACCAGGAGGCUCCUCUGGACACAUGGCUAAAGACACAACUACUGGCAACACCUCGCCAAAAAAGACUGCAUAUGAUCAUUCUGUGUGCAGCCCCACAGGAAAGCUGUCCAGUCCAACAUCUGAAGAUGGGCAACCAGCAGAGAUGUUUGAUAAUCCACUUUAUGGAUCAAUGGGGAAGUCACGAUCUGGCAAGGAUCAAGAAAUGUCCCGAAAAGAGCACUUGGGGGUCCCAGAGGUAUUUGCAUUUCCAAAAGGCUAUGAGUCUGACACUGAUCGCAUACCUCCAGUCCCAACCCCUCGCGCUCGCUCCUUCACCUGCUCAGAGGGCAAAGGCCAGAAUCCUUCCCCGACUCCCAGCAGCAACAACAGCAUCAGCAGCAGUAACCACAGCAGCAAUAGCAGUCUACAGCCUCAGUCCUUCAGCAAGAAGCCUGUGGUGCCCUCUCGCUCUGAAGGAGGAGGGAUGAUGUCUGGAAAGCCACCACUGCCUGUGAAAUCCCGACAAGGUCAAACACCAGAGCCCCUGUCAAAGCCCAGAGACUACAGAGACUCCUCAGAGUUACCAGGCAAGCUGCGGCCUCAUGCCAGACCAUGCCAGCCACUCCCCAAAGAUGUGCAUCCUGAGACAGCACCAAGUCCAAAGACAGGUCGCCCUCUGAAAUGAGCCUACAUUUAGAUUCUCCAGCUGGCCAUCACUUCUGGAGUUCUACACCAAACUGGAGACUUCACACACCAAUUGUGAUUAGAGACAAACGCCUAAAGAGGCGUAUUAAAAAGCUGGACAAGCUUUUGCCUUAUGUGUAGCAUUCUUCAAGAAAGAAAUGAAAAGCUACAGCAACAGUGCCAUGAUCUUGCACAAACUCUUUUGUUCCAGCACAAAUGAAUGUACAGUGCACAAAAUUUAUCAUCAUUUAGAGACUAUGCAUAAAGAUCAUUCGUCAGAUGAAAGUACAAAUCGCAACACAUUAUCAUUCAUUUCUUAUGUGGAUGGCUGAUGCUUACUGAUCUACAUUCACAUCUGAGUGCUUUUUGUUUGUUUGUUUGUUUGUUUGUUUUAAUUUUCAGGCCUUUGCUAGAUGGAAUGUCUGCGUGAGCCAACAUUCAGUUAGAUUGACACUGUAAUUUCCCUGAUGCUGUACUGAGAUAAUUGGAGAGUAAUUUAUGAAGCGGAAUAAGAAUAUGAAUAAUAAACAAAUGAAUAUAACGCAAUAUGAAUAUGAAUUUUGCCAUGUUCACAUCAUUUUGGAGUUUUGUAAUUCAUGCAGUUAAGCAGUCAUUUACAUUUAUGGGUGUGAAGAUAAAAGCAUCUGUAUCUGAUGAGCUGUGAUCAGCCAAUCAUCAGUUACAUCUUGUGCAUUUACCCCUUGCAUUAAAACUCAUUUCAAAUGUCUCUUCGA